UCGAAGAAAUCCAGUCAGUUUGCAACCUAAAGUGCUAAAGUUUAAUGUCAGGAGCCCGUGCGGUCGUCAAGAAAUCGGUUAAAGUGUUUGGAAAUUGGUAUAAAUGUGAGUAAUUUAUCAUCUGGACAGUGACAUUACUUUUACUUCUGUUUUCUUCUACUCAUUAGUUUUGUGGGGGUUUCGUUUUAUCAACGUUAACAAUUUUGUGUUGUUGAGAGUGACGCAUUAAAAGGAGUGACUCAGGGCGGUCUCGCCAUUUUUAGUAUUUUACCGGCAAAAGAGUAACAGAUCAGAGUACCAAUGUCGGUGGACAAGGAAGAGUUGGUUCAAAGGGCAAAACUUGCCGAACAAGCGGAGCGAUAUGAUGACAUGGCGGCAGCGAUGAAAAAUGUGACAGAAACAGGUGUAGAAUUAUCAAAUGAGGAAAGGAAUCUUCUCUCAGUAGCAUACAAGAAUGUCGUAGGAGCCCGCAGAUCCUCAUGGCGAGUCAUCUCGUCGAUCGAACAGAAAACGGAAGGAUCCGAACGCAAGCAACAAAUGGCUAGAGAAUACAGAGAAAAAGUUGAAAAAGAGUUACGAGAUAUUUGUUAUGAUGUUUUGGGUCUAUUGGACAAGUUUCUUAUUCCAAAAGCAAGUAACCCUGAAAGUAAAGUUUUCUAUCUUAAAAUGAAAGGUGAUUACUACAGGUACCUUGCAGAAGUUGCCACAGGCGACACUAGAAGCGCUGUAGUCGAUGAUUCGCAAAGGGCUUAUCAAGAAGCAUUUGAUAUCGCCAAAUCAAAAAUGCAACCCAUUCACCCUAUUCGUUUGGGAUUAGCAUUGAAUUUUUCAGUUUUUUACUAUGAAAUAAUCAAUUCCCCAGCUCGAGCCUGUCAUUUAGCCAAACAGGCAUUUGAUGAUGCAAUAGCAGAAUUGGACACACUAAAUGAAGAUAGCUACAAAGACUCGACACUGAUUAUGCAGUUACUACGAGAUAAUUUGACGCUAUGGACAUCAGAUACUCAGGCUGAUGGCGAUGAACCUGCAGAUGCUGGAGAUAACUAGAUUGUUCACUGUGCGCAUUCUAGGAGUGUUUUGUAUUCGCGUUUGAUUUUGCCAACUCGACAUCCCUUCUACCUUCCUUUGUAUACUUUUUUAUGUUGGAUGUUUCACAAAGAGUGCAAACCGUGUUCAUUUUGCAUACCAUAAUUGUUAAUAUCCUACCUGAAAGCUGUCAGAGUUGGUUGAAGUAAACGCUAACCGACAAACUGGAACCACUACAAUGAAGAACAAUGCUUGAUCUUUUCAAGAUCUAAUUGGUUUCAAGUUUAGUUGCCAUAAUCUGAAUACAAUUUCAAUUUGAUUGUUAAAUUUCACUCAAUUAGAUGUACUUGUUUACGUAAAUUUGUGUCCAUAUUGGGCAUCUUCUCCCUUUUUUCGCCGCAGUGACAAUUAACUUUUUUCCCCCUUUUUUUUUCUCUUUUCCUUUUUUUUGUUUGUUUUUCUCUCCUUUUUACGUUUUUCUGAGGUUUCUCAGAAGUUUUGUUAUCUGUUAAAAUAUUUUACUUGAUUCGAAGUUAAUUGUGCAUCCAAGAUAAAGAGAAAGGCAUGAAUAGACAUUGGUAUCCCGAACAUCUGAAGUAUUUAUUUGAUUAUUUAUUUAUUUUUACUAGCUGGAACAAAUCUGUGUUAGAUUUUCUGCAUCAGCGAGUCUUUUUCUAUGUGUGCAUCACAUUCUUCAAGUCCUACUAUUCUGUCUCUCAUGGAAGUACCUAAUUUUUCUCUAUCAUUGCUUACUAUUUUCUGUAAGAUAUGUUAUUCUCUUCUGAAUUAUGUUUUAUUCAUUGCUUCAUUCUUUAAAUAUUAUUGUUGCCCGAACAAUUUCUGCACUUUUCAACAAACAUAAUCGUCCAAGCAAAGUAUAAAGUUAAUUUAUUAUUUUAAAUAGUCUUUGAAACAAUUUCAUUAUUUUAUGCACAACAGGCUGAACUAUUAUACAGAAUUUUUGACAAUUUUAAAGUAUUCAGGGCUAAUAAUAAAUUGAUUUGGAGGAAUUUGUUCACUUUUCAUCAGCAAGAAUUUUACCGAAGUUUUUCUAUCCGUAUUUGUAUUGAAGAUUACAUUUGAAUCAAGGAAAUGUUCCACAGAAAUCUGAAUUAUCGCUAUUUUCUUCUUUUUCUGUUUUCAUUCAUGUAUGUUAAUACUCACUCUCUAGUUUGCCGAUAAAUGAAGCAGUCCAACUCACGCUUGUGUUGUAUGCAAGUCAGAAUCUUUUCACACAAUAUGCUUAUAUCGUUUACUUCUUUAUUUUCCAAACAAUCAUUGAUUGAGAUGAAACUGAAGAAGAAAAAAGAAUCUUUUGUUUUAUACAUGACUCGCUAGUGGUUCAUUUUUCACAAACUGUAUCUGGAAAUAUUUGUAAUAUUAUACAAUAUUUAAAUACAAAUUAUUUCAUUUUAUUUAA